GAUACCUGCCAGUUGGAUCCGUGCAUGCUCGAUCCGUGCAAUCCAGAGCCGACGGUCGUCGUGAUCGGCGCCGGAAUGGCCGGCCUGUCUGCCGCUCAUCGGUUGUCGCAGUGCGGCCUGAAAAAUGUCACAAUCCUCGAAGCCACUCAUCGGCCAGGUGGCCGAAUUCACUCGUGCUGGCUGGGCGACGUGGUCGCUGAGAUGGGUGCGACUUGGAUCGAGGGGGGCUGCCUGGCAAAUCCGGCAUUCACAUUAGCCGCCCAAGAGGGUCUGCUCAAGUCGCCAUUAAUCAGGCUGGAUCAGAGCAAGGGGCUCUUCUGCACGAGCGAGGGCCGAGCCAUCGAUUUGCCGGUGAGCGUGACGGCCUACCACGCGUUUCGACAGAUCGAGCAGCAGGCCGUGGCCCUGUUCACUCUGGGCUGCGGUCGAAAUCACGGCGACUUGCUGAGUUUCAUGGGGAUCAGAAUCCAGCAGGAGAUUCAUAAUUUUCCCGAGGAGCAGAGGUACGACGCCGCGCGCGUCAUGUACGGCUUGACGAACUGCGUGCGCUGUCGAUGCGGCGACGAUCUGUCCCUGGUCUCGGCCGAUCAGUUCGGCAGCUACGUCGAGAUUCCCGGAGGUCGGGUUCGGGUGCCACUGGGCUACGUGGGUAUUUUGGCCCCGCUGCUGCGCGACAUUCCCAGCUGCGCCCUCAAGUACUGCAAGCCCGUGAGCUGCAUCCGGUGGGGCACCAUAAGCGAGUCGUGCCCGCGAGCCCUGGUCAAGUGCCAGGACGGCGAGGAGUUCCAGGCCGACUACGUGAUCGUCACGGUGCCGCUGGGCGUGCUCAAGCACCAGCACAAGUCGCUCUUCUGCCCGGCGCUGCCCGUGGAAAAGGUCAAGGCGAUCGAGAAUCUCGGCUACGGAUUCGUCAACAAAAUCUUCCUCGAGUACGAGCGGCCCUUCUGGGUCUGGCACGAGGGCAGCAUUCGCUUCGCUUGGUCGGCCACCGAGCUGGCGGAUAGGUGUGAUUGGCUCAAAGGUAUUUCACAUAUCGAGGAGCUGACGGGCUCGCAGCACGUGCUCUGCGCCUGGGUCAGCGGUAAAGAAGCUUCGGACAUGGAACUGGCCUCCGACGAGGAGGUCGUCGAGUCGAUCACUCGAUUAUUGAGACAGUUCACGGGAGAUCCGACUCUGCCUUAUCCCACUAAUUUACUACGCAGCAAGUGGUGCAUGGAUCAGUAUUUCGCGGGAUCUUACAGUUACAUGGCGCUCAACAGCACAGUGGGGCAUCAGUGCGACUUGGCUAGUCCUGUUCCAGGCUCCUGCGAACCCGUCGCGCCGAUUCUAUUUUUCGCCGGAGAAGCGACGAUACCCGGUCACUACAGUACGGUUCACGGCGCGAGACUGAGCGGCAUUCGCGAGGCCGAUAGAAUCAUUCAGUUGACGAAGAGAUUCGGUGGUCCUCCGAAGAAACAGCCCGACAUUAAACCGGCUUGUCCCUGA